GAUUGGUCGACUGGACGCCGACGUCACCAUUCCAUCCAUAGCGUCACUGUUUCGUUCGUUAUAACGUGACCGUUAUAGUUUUUUUCCGGCGAUAAAGAGGUGAAACUAUCUGAUGUCUAGUGCAGCGAGUAGCUUCUCAUUCUGUUUAUUUACCGUGAAGCAGGCAGGCGCUGCUCUGAGACACCUAAAGCAGCGCCGCUGAGGUGCUUGAACUCUUCCGUGUUGUCGAGCGCGUGCAGGUGGUGUGUGUGUGUGUGUGUGUGUGUGUGUGUGUGUGUGUGUCUCCACGUCACUCACGUCCCCGCGAAACAACCGGAGGCACCGAGUAUCGGUUUAUCGGUGAGCACUCGCUGCACGGCUAACGGCAUGUCACUGCUGGACUCUGACGACAGCUACGAUUUAGUCUUCAAAAUCGUUCUUGUCGGAGAUGUCGGUGUCGGCAAAACUUGUGUGGUUCAGCGUUUCAAGACCGGGAUAUUCAUCGAAAAGCAAGGGAACACGAUCGGCGUGGACUUCACCAUGAAGACGCUGGAAAUCCACGGGAAGCGGGUUAAGUUACAGAUUUGGGAUACAGCUGGACAGGAGCGGUUUCGCACGAUCACACAGAGUUACUACCGCAGCGCCAAUGGUGCCAUCAUCACUUACGACAUCACAAAGAGAGCCUCUUUCAUGUCUGUGCCCAAGUGGAUGGAGGAUGUGCAGAAAUAUGGGGGUUCCAACAUUGUUCCUCUGUUAAUUGGUAAUAAAUCAGACUUGACCGACUUGCGUGAAGUUCCACUUGAGGAUGCACAGACCAUGGCUCAUCAGCUGGAUUUUGUUAGUGCCAUCGAGACUUCAGCCAAGGACUCUAGCAAUGUGGAAGAGGCAUUUAACAAAAUGGCCAGUGAGCUCAUUCUCAGACAUGGCGGGCCCAUGUUCACUGAAAAUGUAACGGACAGCUUUAAACUCAACAGCAAGGAUGUGACCAAUGAGGUCUGGGGAUGUGGGUGUUGAUGACUGUUCAGAAAGCAAUAAAAAGCUUUGGUUCUUACCACUCACUCAGUUAUAUAAAUUGGGUCCUGUCAGCAGAUGCUGAAUUUGAAGCGGGAGACACUGAGGAUACAUUUCUAGGAGUGGCUUAUAAAAGACCCACAAAACAGCACCAUGUGAUUUUAUAAACCUACAGUUGAACGUAACAGUGAAGACGCUGGGUAGAGACCAGUUUGAUUGCAAGCACAAAAUUGCCACGCUUUUUUUUUAAAUCAUAACCAGCCAGAAUUUAUGUGCAAUUAUUUUCAAAACCCAGUAAGAAGUUUCCAGUAAGAAACCAUUUGUUUCUCCAUUGAACGCAAAAUUGCUGUGCGACGUGACACAAUCAGCCAAUCAGGUCGUGUUUGGUGUUUAAUGUGCAGUUAUGUGUAGCAAGACUUUGGACAAAUGAGAUUUCACAAUGGGCGGGGCUUCCUAGAGCAACAACUAACAAAUAGAAACCAAGCUGUUGAUAAAAUAUCCUAUCGCUUGUUGGACCAGCUGUUAAGAUUACACAUGUACAGUAUGUGACACGUACAUCUCAGCAGAAGUUUUGUACUGUAUGUUUUGGUUGCCCGUGGAGCUUAUCCGGGAAAGAUACCACAUUUAUUUGAUGCAAAUGAAACGAGGCUGUGAGGGUUAGACAGUGGACAUAAUUUUAACGCUUUGUCAUCUGUAUGAUCGACACGGAACUAUUUCGCAUUCCAUUUGUAGUAAAUGAAAUGUGUCGUCUAGCCAGACUAAGGUCCACUGCCACUUGCUUAAUCUUCCUAAUAGUUAUGUAACCGUUUCAAGACCUUUAGUAACAACGGCUCAGCGAGGCUUAAGUCAUUGUCAUCAAUAUUUCGACAUUUUAUAGCUACUCAAGAUUUCAAGUGCAGAUGCAGCAGUGGUAGUGUGAAAAUGUUGAAAUGGACAUUUGCACCAGAACACAGAGACAAAUAAAUCACUUCUAUUCCACAGAAGGGAAUUUCUGUAGAGGUUAUUGGGUUCAUGACCAGAAAUCUCACAUUCUCCAUUGACUUGACUGACCUGAAUUCUCAGCAUGGUAUCAACAGCCACGGUCCUAAGACAUUUUGCCAAUGUUUUCAGAACGUUUUUAAGAUUUAAAGAAAAAUGUUAAAAAAUGCAACAUUUUUAAGAGUGCAUUCAAUAAUGAAGGUAGCCAGGUUCUGUUGUAAAUGAGUGGCCAUAUGCAGUUCUCUAGGGUAAAUUGGUUUGAAUACAGUGUGUUGAACGGCUGCCAUGAUGGGUUACUUUACACUCUAAUUAUGUACUAUUUUGUGAUAACGUAGGCAUUUUUUAUAAACUGGCAAAUUUUAAAAAUGCAGACUGUUCUUGCAACCCUUUUGAACUGACAUUUUAUUAUAGAUGUCACAUGGGCAUUGCUAUUUUGUGUUUUGCAUUCAUUUAGUACCACAAAGCCUUAAAUUAAAUUAUAAUAGAGUAUAAUAAACUAGCUUUUUAAACUUGCAAAAAAAACAUGUUUCUGAUAAUAUUGUACCAUGUGUAAUUUGUGAGAAGAUUGCACCGAUGAAUUUGGAAGUAACAUCAAUUGCUGUUACAUCUCAAGUAAGCAUGAAUAACCAGAGCCAUUUUACAUGCAAUAGCGUAUUUGUAUUUGCCUGCAAUAUCUUCUUAAGGUUAAGAGCUCAGUUUGGUACUUUUUAUAUAUCACUGACCAACACAUAUGGUAUGGUGGCAGCCUUUAAGAAUGUCAAGUCUUUAGUUUCACAAAUGUGUAGUUUGGAAAAAAAUAAUUCAUUAUACAGAAUUGUUGAGGUAUAUGAAUGAAAGAAGACAGUAUCUGAAAUAUAUUGACAGAUGUACUAGAAGGUAAAUCAUUGGACGAGCAUUCUUCAGAUAAUUUAUAGUGCCUUUUAAUAUUGUUGUAGUUUGUUAGUAUUGUCAUCGUGGUAUUACUAUGCGUUUUGCUGUUUGUCAAUCAGUUAAAUGUUUUGAGAAACAUGAUCAAUUUGUAUUUGGUAAUAAAUUGUUCUUAUAUUAUUUUAUCAAUAAAACUGUCACAGCAUAACUUGUAUGUAAGACUUUAAGAAUUUACUACAGAAUUAUGUUUGUUUUAAAUGUUUAAUUAAUUUAGGGGGGGAAAAACACGUCUUUAAUGGUCACAACUACCUCAAGAACUAGAAGAUUUGUAUAUUGGAGUUGUAAACCUUGCACAAGAUCAUUUACUGGUAACCCCCCCCACCCCCCAAAAAAAGUGGAUGGCUUUUAUUUUCUAAGGGUUGUUUUGUCUCAGUGCAAAUCUCACCAUAAUGUUACAGUGUAACAGCAACCAAAACAAACAUAAAUAACCUAAUAAAAAAAAAGAAUGGAGGCAUAACAAUGUAACAAUUAUCUAUGUAAUAAUGGCACAACGAAAGGUAACAAUACGGAACAUGUUGAAUUAAUAUGAGGUAUUACACAAACAACUUGCAAUGCUAAAAUGGCAAGUUACUGUAAUAUGAUUUUAACAAUGUUAAACUAACUGUGAA